CAAAAAAAUAUCAUUUUGAACAUUUUAUUGCGAUCUUUUUUUCUUAACGAAACUUUAGGAAUAACUUUAGCACCGUAACUUUAAAAUAUAAGUCUGGCAUGAAAGUUAUUUUCCAUUUACUCCGACGCUUUUCCACCUUGUUCUACCACAUUUUAAAAGCGUAUACAGUCCUGUUUUGCCAGUCUACUCAAUAAAGAGGCUAAGCGUGCAACACUUUGCAUGCCAAACGUGUUUCUAUAUUGUCAAAGUGUGCGAUUCUCAGUUCUUUCAUAACUGUAUCUACAACAGAGGAGGGUGUUACGACAAGCAUAUUCUCUGUGUAUUUUCACACCAUGCACGCAUAUAAUUUUUUUGCUGCGAAAAAAAAAUUAUAAUUCCUCCCUUUAAAAAAAUGAAUAAAUUUGCUCUCCUGCUUAGCAAAAUUAGUAGUUUUACAGGAAGAAGUUUUCUUGUACUGUUUUUAAAAUUAUGCGGCAAGAAUUGUGUUUGUCUCACUAUAAAAAAUGUUGGAUAAAUUGGUUCUCUUGUUUUGAAAUAUUAGUAUAACUAGUUGUUAAGAUAAAAAAAUACUUGCAUGAUCAAAAGCUUGUUUUUAAAAGUUAUGCAGCAAAAAUUUUUCUUGUGCUGUUUUGAAAGUUAUACAGCAAGAGUUAUUCUUGUGCUGUUUUGAAAGUUAUACAGAAUAUACUUGUGAUGUUUUGAAAGUUAUACAGCAAGUUAUAUUUGCACUGUUUCGAAAUUUACACCGCAAGUUAUUCUUCUUCCACUUAAAUAAUAAAAAAAAAAUUAGUGUUUUUUUAAUGUUUUUUGUGCAGUCUUAUAAGAAAAUCUAAAUUUAAGUGCAAAAUCUUUUGCAGACUAUACUUUCGUUGACAAUAAAGUAUUACGCAGCAAUAAAAUUAUUUAUUUAAAAUUCAUAAGGAAGGAGGGUGUUACGGCAAUAAUAAUCUGUCUUGUUUUUUACUUGUAUUAUAUCUAUUUUUAGCGAAAUUUUAUAUAUAGCUAAUUUUUGUUAUAAAUCACAUAAAAAUUUAAACUUCUGUUUAACCACAUAACUAUUUUUGUGAUUACAAAAUUUGUGCAUGUCCCACAUGUGGAAAUUUUUUUAAGAAAUAUAGUGUAGGCAACAAUUAUGUUUUAUCAUAAUGGAGGAGGGUGUUACGACAAACAUAUUCUGGGAAGUAUUUGUUAUAUUUUUUUUCGUAUAAAGCGGACAUUAACCUAUAGUCAGCAGUAUUACAUAUCAUCAUCAUCAUCAUCAUCAUCAUUCUCGGCUUAACGUCUGUUUUCCAUGCUAGCAUGGGUUGGACGGGGUAUAUUAAUGACCCUCUUCCAAUCUGAUCUAGACUGUGUUAGAUCUAAACUCAACUUUCUCUCUAUCAAGUCUGUCCUUAUAACCCCCUGCCAAGUCUUUCUCGGUCUGCCUCUGGGCUUUGCCCCAGGAACUAUCAAGUCUCUACACUUUCUUACCCAAUUAUCCUCCUCCAUUCUUUCCAAGUGCCCCAGCCAAUUCAAUCUUCUAACAUAUAUAUUAUAAUUAUCAUAAUGAAGGAGGGAGUUACAACAAUAAUGUUAUAUCUUGUUUUUUUCUCCAGUCUUUUCAGAUGGGCGUCACGAUUACUGAUGCAAGUUACAGUUUUACAAAAAAUAUAAAGUAAUGUAUGUAAUGAACGAUGUAUUGAAAUCAUGUUCUGAAAAUAUAAGAUAUUUUAAAUUUUAUAUAUAACACAGUAAAGUUUAUUUUUAUAUUAUUAAAUACUUUUGUUUACAAAUUCUAUAAACGCGGCACCAAAAGUAUUCUCAACAUCGUCACACGCAGGUUAUUGUUAUUUAUACAAUAAGUUUCCCCGAUCUUUUCAAAUUCUUGCAGUGUAAUUAUCUUCUCUAAAAGACAAAAGUCUAUUAUGAAAGUAAUUAUUUAUGCGAGUUGCACGUACGCGGAAGGUUACAUUCGGACAACCACAGUCUGUACUAUGCAGUGAAAACAUAUUUACUUAUAUUUAUACUUUUUAGUUGCAUAACAUGGAUAUUAUACCUAAGAAAUGUUGCAUAAAAUAUACACCACCUACUCUUAUCUUGUUUUACGAAAUCAAAGAAACUGGAAAGUUGCAUCGUCGAUCAAUACCAAUCCGCACAAUAGAGGAUGACAGUGUCCAUGAAAAUAUCUUGGAAAAUUUAAUGUCUGAAGACCGUCAUUCAAAAUAUUUAAAGCAAUUCCAGCAAAAACAACUACAGCGACUUCUUAGAAUGUUGACACAAAAAAAUUCAGGCCUAAAAUUUGAACUUACCGAAAAUGAAACAGACAAUCAAGUUGACGUUGAAAAAACAGAUUUGAAUAAAUUAGAUGAUGAGAAUUUGAAUAAAGUUAAAGAAAAAAUGAAUGAAUCUUUUGAACAAAAUAAAGUUAAACCUGGUGAUGACAAAUGGAAAUACGAUAUUGAAGUAGAUUUUGAAAAGCAGGGGCAAAUUGAAUCUUCUGCUUGGGAUGAUGCUGAUGAAUCAGACAUGGAAUUUUAAUUAUUAUUAUGAUCACAUUAAGUUUUUUAUAUGGUUUAUUAGUAUAUGUUUCUUGUAUUACUAUAUAAUUUAAAACAUACACUUUAGUUAUAAAUUAUAAACCUUAA